CUUCAGCUCACAUUGUGUGUUUAUGAAUACACCAACGAGAACAUGUUAUUGCAAAUAUGAUAACCACAAUUUUAAUUUCAUUCAUGGUGUUCUCCAUCGUAGCCCCUCAGUCUCUUCAUCGCCACUGCAUCACAACCCAAGGGUCCUUGUAUCCGAAAAACAUCCAGUUGGUAAUGAUAGAUGAUGUCAUUGUCUAUUACUACAACAGCAGUGCUGAACAAGAGGCCGUGAUGCCAGAAUGGUUAAACCACCCUGAGGGAAUUGAAUUCUGGCAGGAGCUUAAUCGAAAUCUGAAAUUUAAUCGAUAUGUAAUGGAUACGGCUGUGAGAGUAACAAGUGAACAUUACAAUCAUUCACAUGAUCACUUUUACCAAGCUCAUGGACGCUGUGGAUGGAAGUCAGACGGAACCACAGAGGCGUUUAUGAGCCAUGCAUAUGACGGCAAGGACUUUGUCAGCUUCGAUGUAUCGACCAGAAAAUGGACAGCUGCAGUUUCCCAUGCUGUAUUUUACAAAAGAAAAAGGGAAACAGAUUUGGAAGAUCUUGUUAGGCUGGUCAUUCAUUACGAAUCUGUAUGCAUCCGUUGGCUGAAGAAACUGCUACAGUUCAGUGUUACAGUUCGAGAAUCCAAAGUCCCUGGGGUGAGUCUGUUUGAGAGACUGCCUCAUGGCAACUCCGAGGUGGAGGUCACGUGUCAUGUGACAGGGUUCUACCCUCGGGCGGUGCAGGUGGAAUGGCUGGGGACAGAGGGACUUCCCCUGGUGGACGGGGUGAGCAGUGGGGAGGUGCUGCCCAACGGAGACGGUUCGUACCAGCUGAGGAAAAGCCUGACUCUCCCACAGGGAGCCCAGUACACCCAACACUACAGCUGCCUGGUGCUCCACAGCAGUGUAGCGGGGAACAUCACAGUAAACUGGGAUCCAAAGAAGAACCUGGCCAAUGUGCUGAUAGCCAUAGGCAUCAUUGUAUCUGUUGUCUUAAUACUUGCUGUCCUAGUCAAGUAUUUAGUAUGGAGGAGAGCAGUUGGUCAGAGUCAAUCUUAACUCUUGCUACACUAGGUGUUAUGUCUGGUCAGAGUAAACAAGAGCUGAAUACCCCCUCAGACACAUUUGAAAGAUAUUUCCCUUUCAU